CCCCCCCCCCCCAUCCCUUGCCAAAGAGAUGAUGUCGUCCGCCCAGCCGGCCCUGGCCCUGGACUCCCUGUCGGUGGGCUCCCUGCUCUCGGGGGAGCUGGACGAGGAGGGCGAGGGGGACGAAGGGGAUUUGGGGGACCUGGAGGUGAACCCCUACGACGGGCUGCCCUUCUCGUCCCGGUACUACAGCCUGCUGGAGCAGCGCCGGCAGCUGCCCGUGUGGAGCGUCAAGUACGGCCUGCUGGAGCUGCUGGAGACCCACAGCCUGGUGGUGCUGAGCGCUGAGAGCGGAGCGGGGAAGAGCACACAGGUGCCGCAGUGGUGUGUGGAGUACGCACUCUCUCUGCAGUUCACUGAGGGGCUGGUGUGUUGCUCCCAGCCGUAUGCAGCCGCCGCGGGCAGCCUGGCGCUCCGGGUGGCCGAUGAGAUGGACCUGAGCCUGGGCCUGGAGGUGGGCUACAGGGUCCCCCACGACGAGGGCUGCACCCCCGACACCCUGCUCAGGUUUAUGACGGACUCUCUCCUGCUGGGGGAGAUGAUGUCAGACCCGUUGCUACGGCAGUACGGGGUGGUCGUGGUGGACGAGGCGCAGGAGCGCACCGUGGCGACGGACGCCCUCCUGGGGCUGCUGCGGGACGUGUGCCGCCAGCGCCCCGACUUCCGGGUGGUGGUGCUGACCGCCCCCCCGCUGGGCCCCCGCCUGGCCGCCUACCUGGGCGAGGACACGCCUCUCCUGGCCCUGGCCCCGCCCGACCGCCCCGUCGCCGUGGAGACGCUGUACCGCGAGCCGCCCGUCGGCAGGGACCCCGCGGCGGCCGCCUGUCACAUGGUCCUGGACCUCCACCGCAGGGGGGAGGAGGGGGCCGUGCUGGUGUUCCUCUCCAGCGCACAGGAGAUCUGUGAGUGUCGGGCUCUGCUGGAGAAGGAGGCUGUGGCUCUCAGUCCCCAGCUGGGUGAGCUGAAGAUGCUGUCCCUGUACGCGGCGCUAGGGGGCGCCACCCAGCGUGUCUAUGACACGGGACCCGAGGGCGUAGAGGAGCCCCAGGGGGUUCCGGGGACCCCCAAGCGACGGGUCGUCCUCACCGACACCCUGGGGGAGGCCUCCUUCUCGCUCGACAACAUCCGCUACGUCAUCGACACCGGCCUGCAGCUGAAAACUGUCUACAAUCCACAAAUCAGAGCAGACUCCCAGGUGCUGCGGCCAAUCAGCCGGGACCAGGCAGAUAUGCGCAGGCAAAGGGUGAACAGUAGCUCUCCAGGGCUGUGUUUUCGGCUGUACCCCCAGGCCCUGUACGAGGGGGGCAUGUCGGAGACCCGCUGUCCGGAUGUGGCUGAAGCCAGCCUCAGCCACCUGGUCCUGCUGCUGAAAAGGCUGGACAUCGCCGAUAUGGGCCAGUGCAAGUUCCUGGACCGGCCUGCCCCGGAGGCCCUCAUGCAGGCGCUGGAGGAUCUGGACUACCUGGCGGCUCUGGACGAUGACGGGAACCUGUCGGAGGUGGGCAUCAUCAUGUCUGAGCUGCCGCUGGAGCCGGCGCUGGCCAAGGCGCUUAUCGCGUCCUGCGAGUUCGACUGCGUGAGCGAGCUGCUCACCAUCGCCGCCAUGCUCACGGCACCCUCGUGCUUCGUGACGCCUCCGCCCCAGAGCGAGGAGGCCGCUGCGACUCACCGGCGCCCCCUGCUGCACCCGGAGGGGGACCACCUCACUCUCAUCAACAUCUUCAACGCCUACGUCCAGCACGGGGAGGAUGAGUCCUGGUGCACCAAGAACUUCCUGAACGCCGCGGCGCUGCGGCUCGCCAUGGUGAUCCGGGCGGAGCUCCUGGAGGUGAUGCAGCGAAUCGAGCUGCCCGUCUCGCCGCCCGCCUUCGGUUGCCAGGACAACAGCACCAACGUCAAGCGGGCGCUCAUCUCGGGGUUCUUCCUCAAGGUGGCCCACGACGUGGACGGCCUGGGGAACUACCUGCUGCUGACCCACCGCCACGUGGCGCACCUGCAUCCCUUCUCCUCCUACCUGUGCCGCCGGCCGCGCCCUGCCCCGCCCAGCUGGGUGCUGUACCACGAGUUCACCAUCUCCCACGACAACUGCAUCCGCACGGCCUCCGAGAUCCACCCGCACAUGCUGGUGGAGCUGGCUCCGCAGUAUUACCUUGGCAACCUGCCGGCCAGCGAAGGGCGGGACCUGCUGAUGGAGCUGCGGCAGAAUCUGGCGCCGGCGGAUGAUCAGGGGGCCGAGGGGGCGGGGCAGAGUCAGGACCAAGACCCGGACAGCGAGACCCAGAACCCGGACAGCACAGAGAUGUGUCUACUGCAGUGAAGAGCCCGGAGAGCACCAGAAAUACUGACUGACACACACACACGCACACACGCAUGCACACACACACGCACACGCACGCACACAAACACACACACACACAUACACACUCAUGCACGCACACACACGC